AUGCUAUCACCCUCACCCCCAGACUCCGAACGAGAGCAUUUGACAACAGAAUCAAACCGUAUGAAACUGUACAUCCUGUGUAUGCGGCACGUGACCCAGUGUCUCGGGCUCGAGAUUUUGUUUCCCGCGUCGCGUUCCUUCAAUGGUCCGACCGAGAUGCGGACCACCAUCUGUCGCCAUGGCAUCAUCCCGACUAGGCCCCUGCUCGUGACUACGCGCUCUGGGCUCUCUAUUGCGCCCCGGACCGGCCACCGAUCGAGCAGCUCCAGCGCCAACCGCGAACCGAUCAUCUUCUCCGGCAUUCAACCCACGGGGGUGCCACACCUUGGCAACUACCUAGGCGCCCUCCGGCAAUGGGUGAAGCUUCAGCAAGAUGCAGAUCCGCAGACCAAGCUGUUUUUCUCCAUUGUCGACCUCCACGCCUUGACUGUCCCGCAAAACCCGGACCAGCUGCGGCGAUGGAGGACCGAGGCAUUUGCAACCCUGCUGGCCGUCGGCUUAGACCCCAAGCGCUCUACCAUUUUCUACCAGUCUGCGGUUGUUGAAUUGACCCCGGUCCAGAGCAAGCUCCAGCUGCCUGAAGAUACAACGCUCGACCAUUCUGCCGCACGGCAACAGCUACGUCUCGGUCUCUUCUCCUACCCUGUCCUCCAAGCCGCCGACAUCCUCGUCCACAGGGCUACACAUGUUCCGGUUGGCGAGGACCAGAAGCAGCACCUGGAGUUCUCCCGAUACACGGCAAACAGUUUUAAUCACCUAUAUGGGCCGAUCUUCCCGAUCCCCGAGGCCGUCAUCUGUGAGUCCGCCUCGCUGCGACCGAACCAAGUCCACUACUAA